AUGCUAGUACUUCUGUUCCUAACGAACAAUGAGAACCGAUGUUGGGCCCAUACUGCGAUACGAUCGGGCGGUUCUUGCUCUAUGGAAUACUUGGGUGAUGAUGUGCAGUUCUUACGGUGUAGAGCAUCACAUGAAGAAGCAACUCCUAUUCUAAGCUAUCGCCACCACCUGCAUAAUCACCAAGCAACAGCAAGAAGCAGCAAAGGACGACCGAGAACAACAGAAGAAGAAGGAACAAACGACGACGGAAAGAAGACAUGGACAAAAGGUGGCGAUAGUAUGGAGUUGAAUUGA